GGCGGCGGGCGGAGCCCCGGGAAGGGCGGCCUGACGCGCAUCAUGGCGGCGCGGCAGCUGCUGAGGGCGGCCCCGGGGCGGCGCGGGUACAGCGGCGCGGGCGCCGCCGAGUUCCUGCACCGCAGCAUCGUGCCCACCAUGCACUACCAGAAGAGCCUGCCCAGACUGCCAGUUCCCAAGCUAGAAGAUACAAUUACGAGAUACCUGAAUGCCCAGAAACCUCUUUUAAAUGAUGACCAGUUCAGAAAAACUGAAGAACUUGCUCAUGCCUUUGAAAAGGGGAUUGGAAGAGAGCUGCAUGAGCAACUGGUUGCUCAAGACAAUCAGAAUAAGCAUACAAGUUACAUCACAGGUCCCUGGUUUGACAUGUACCUUAAGGCACGUGAGCCUGUUGUUUUGAAUUUUAAUGCAUUUAUGUCUUUUAAUCCUGAUCCAAAAGCGGAAUACAACGAUCAGCUCAUACGAGCCACGAACAUGACUGUUUCUGCCAUACGUUUUAUGAAGACCUUCAGGGCUGGUUACCUUGAACCAGAGGUUUUUCACCUCAAUCCAGAAAAAAGUGACACUGAGAUAUUUAAAAGAAUAAUCCGAUUUGUGCCUUCUUCAAUUUCUUGGUUUGGUGCCUACAUGGUCAAUGCUUACCCCCUAGAUAUGUCUCAGUACUUCAGACUUUUCAAUUCUACACGGCUUCCUAAGCUCAACAGAGAUGAGCUUUAUACAGAUGAAAAGGCAAAACAUUUAUUAGUGUUGAGAAAUGGAAAUUUUUAUGUGUUUGAUGUUAUUGAUAGAGAUGGAAACAUGUUGGAACCCUCAGAAAUACAAGCACACUUGAAAUACAUCCUUAGUGACAACAGUCCAGCCCCGGCCUUCCCUCUUGGCUACCUCACCAGUGAAAACCGAGAUACAUGGGCUUUGUUGAGGCAGAAUCUACUGGAGAAUGGCAAUGAAGAAGCUCUUCAAAAAGUAGACUCUGCCAUGUUUUGUUUAAGUUUAGAUGAUUUUGUCAUUAAAGACUUGGUGCACUUGUCCCACACUAUGUUGCAUGGAGAUGCUGCAAACCGCUGGUAUGACAAAUCCUUUAAUCUUAUCAUAACUAAGGAUGGCACUGCAGGAAUUAAUUUUGAACAUUCCUGGGGAGAUGGUGUGGCUGUGCUCAGGUUCCAGAAUGAGGUUUUUAAAGAUAGCACCAAGACACCAGCCAUCAGCCCCCAGUCCCAGCCUGCUUCAGUCGACUCUUCCAGAGCAGUGCAGAAACUUGACUUUAAGCUGAAUGACGUCUUAAAAGCAGGGAUUACUAAAGCCAAACAGAAAUUUGAUGCCACUGUAGAAUCACUGUCUCUUAACAUGAUUCAGUUCCAAGAAGGGGGCAAGGAGCUUCUGAAGCAGAAGAAGGUGAGCCCAGAUGCUGUGGCUCAGCUGGCCUUCCAGAUGGCUUUCCUUCGCCAGUAUGACCAGACCGUUGCUACAUACGAGUCUUGCAGCACUGCAGCUUUCAAGCAUGGCCGUACAGAAACCAUACGUCCUGCCUCUGUCUACACAAAGAAAUGCUCUGAAGCCUUUGUCAAGGAGCUCUCCAAGCACAGCACAGAGGAGCUGCAGAAUUUGAUAGUGGAGUGCUCCAAGUACCACGGCCGUUUGACGAAAGAGGCUGCCAUGGGCCAGGGCUUUGACCGGCAUCUCUUCAGCCUACGCUAUUUGGCCUUAUCCAAGGGGCUGGCACUGCCGGAUUUCUAUCAAGACCACGCCUACGCUCGCCUUAAUCACAACAUCAUUUCCACCAGCACCUUGGUGAGCCCAGCUGUGCAGUUAGGAGGGUUUGGCCCCGUGGUAUCUGAUGGCUUUGGAGUAGGGUAUCAGGUACAAGAUGACUGGAUAGGUUGCAAUGUAUCCUCUUACCCAGCUAGGAAUGGUAAAGAAUUCCUUCAGUGUAUAUACAAGUCACUAGAAGAUAUCUUUAAUGUUUUAAAGGGCAAGAAAAUUGGUAGUUAAGACAUAAAGACACUGCAACACUUUACAGUUGCAGAACAAAAUGCAGAUUAUGUCUAAUUGACAUAAUAAUCAGUGUUCAGCAUGGCUGAGACUGCCCAGCUUAAUUGGCUUCAUGUAUCAUCAUUGAACAUGAAUACUGUUAGAUUCACUAGGAAAUUUCUAUCUAUUUUAAAUAAAUUAACUACAGACCUUGAAUGCAUUUCAGAUCCAUGUAUUCCUAAAACACAUAAUCUAAAAUAAGCAUUUUUAUUGAGUUAAUGAAGUUGGAAUGUGUGUGUUCCAUGAGUGUUCAGACAGACUACAGUACUGUGACACCACUCUUGAACUGUUCGAUUUUAAAAAAAUACACGCAACAAUUUUAAAUGUGGAAGAGUGGUUCCGUUUGCACUCUUGCAGUAAGCUUGCUUACUAACUUUUCACACUUACCUCUUUAAACUUGAAUUUGUAGAACUGAUUGUGCCUCAACUGCUUGAAGCCUUUCCACUGUAAACAGCUUAGACACAAAAAAUGAAGUGGGAGGCUUUAACCUGCAGUCACUGACUGGGUUGUUAAACUGACUGGAAAAGACUGUAUUUUAAUAAAGUUGUCUAUUAAUAACCA